GGGCCGUAGACGACAUGUUUUCAAACUCCGUCGUAAAACGCGUUGACCAUAUACGAACGCGUCUCCACGUGACUCAUACGCUCUUGACUGUUUACCGCCAUGUCCUCCGCAUAUAAGUGGUCGGUCUCUCCUCCUCCCAGCCUCCCAGCAAAGCUUCGGAGGAAAAGUUCCUCAGCCUCUAUCAAUGCGCCUUCUUUAUGCGAGCCGGAUGACAAUGGUCUAGAUUCUCCGUCACCCGUGACAUCUCCGUUACCCUCGUCAUCACCACUUUCGACGCCGAUACGCUCAUCCCCUCCAAAGUACAUCGCCACUCGUUAUUCGCAUUCGCGUUCACAAUUUCAAAUUCAUAUGAAGAAUCUCACCUGGAGUUUGAUGAUGCGCCAGGUUCACCAACGCCUUUCUACCAUCGGAGUCGCACUUCCAAGUAUAUGACACACCAGCAGGUGUCCGACAAGUACGGAAGUUAUCCAGACAGUGAUGAUGAGAUGGUGGAUUCCGAGCCUUAUCGUGGCGAUGACUUACUCGCUUGGCUUGGCCCGCCUUAUCCGGCACGUGAUGUACCGGAAGACGUUGGGUGCGACCCCGAAAGCAUGGAUAUUCAUCUGCGCCGGACAUUCUUUGCUACAUCCUCCGAACGUGGUCGCUGGCUGAGCAGUCCAGUCAUACCUCGAACGUACAAUGCCAAGUCGUUUACGUCCAGUCCAAUACGCCCCCACAGGGGGCAUUCAACCCCUGUGAAAAGCAAUACUCGAGACGUGAAGUCCCCUUUGUUGGAAUUCCGUGAUUUUGUCCGAAGGCAAUCGACGAGUGGAGUAAAGGAUGAUCCGUCAAGCUCCCCAUUUCUUGCAGCCAGCGACAGCAAUGAUAUCGAGGACUAUCGUAGUCUUUCGCCCCUUCCUCCGUCAUCUCCACCUACGUCCCCGAUGUCACUGGCACCGUCGCAGCCGGACGAUUGUGCAUUAAUCGAUGAUGAUAUUGUCCUCGACGACGAUUGCAAUUCAGAUGACGUGAGUUCUUUAAUUCCGGUAUCUCAAUCCGUUUCCUUGCGAUUGAAUAUGUGUAUGCGUGCUGUGUAGUUGGAUCCCAAGCAGCAAAACAGCCAUUCAGCAAACAUCACGCCACGUGACGUUCCUACCUCCGACUCCGAGGGUCCCUUACUAUUAGCCUCGGAACAUGCGUCAAACGCAGCCUCAAUCGCGUGCCCCUCUUCCUGUACGAACGAGGCAACCCAUCAGCCUCUUAAACU